AUGAGUCUGCUGCGACGUAACGAGGAUAUGGAAAGUGCUCAGAAGCUCAUCUUAUGUGUUCUCGAUACCGCAACCCAUACGUUUAAACCGGGAAACCCUAAGGCUGCGAGUAUAAUCGAGCUGCGUGAGAUAAACGAACGCAAUAUCUGCGAAGAAACGUUGAAUUCCGAGACAGGCUCUAUCGGAAAUUCUAUAGCCUCUUCAUCAUCGACCCCUCCGCCCGCGGCAGUUGAGGAUAGUUUGGAGAUCCCCAUUCUUAUCCCCCGAGUGGUUAUUGAUUGUACAUCGCCUGAGAGCAACAUUGCAAAGUCUCCACUUACCCGGUAUCGUUAUGUUUACAAUUCAGAGAAGUCCUGGAGUGAAGAACUCGUCCUCGUAGAAUGGCGGUUGCGCAACCACAGUCUCCGGAAUACAUUUGACGAAGAAGCCCAAGCGAAGCGAUACAGUUACUUUGUUCGACUUCUACAAAGGACCUCUAGGAUUGACCCAGGACUCUGCAUGCUACCUUGUUUGGGCUAUAGUUUGGCGACAGGACAGCUGCCUGAUGGAAAAAAGUGCCCUAUUGUGGGAUAUGUUUUCAAAUUCCCAAAACACGCCAAUAGUACGGCCCGACUAUUGACACUCGAUGACAAGAUCGCGUCCUGCCCCGGAAUCCUCGCUUCACCAAGUCCCAACUUAGAGAGCCGUUUUCGUCUUUCACAAAAACUCACCCUUGCACUGUUACAGCUGCACAUUGCUGGGUGGAAGCACAGGCAGCUCUCCAGUAGCAACAUUAUCUUUUUCCGGAAUGAGGGAGAUCAAUGGGACGACCUGAGCAAACCGUACAUUAGCGCCUGGCAGUGCCUUUCGGACGACUAUAGAAUGCAGGGCGACAAUACGGACAUUGAGAUGAAGUCAAUUCGAUUUUGGAAAGGCGAAGAUCUGAAAAGUCUUGCAGUUAUAUUGAUGCAGAUUGGACUUUGGGAAUAUCCUUACAACGCAUACCACAGACUUUCGAACUCAAAUUUACCCGGUGUGUCCAUGGACUACCGCGGUCCUUUCUCACUACAACAUGUACAGUCUCUUUAUAGAGUCCUUGGGGCGCGACUUAGAGCGAAAAUGGGCAGCCAUUAUGCCAAGUCUGUGUAG